AUAAAAUAAAUAAAAUGUAAAAAAAAAAAAGUGUAAGACUAUGAUUUUAACCUAAUAUUCUCUCUGUCUUCUCUGUUAAUCAAUUAUUCUACAAUACAGUGUAUGCCAUCUCCAAUUGUGUGCUUCUUACGCAACAAAUCAACCCCUGCAAAACCCUAAUAAUAUCCUUCGCCAAAAACGAAGCAUUUUAAUCCCCAACAAUCCAAUCCCGUAAACAUGAAUCUCUAAUCACAUUUCUACUUCUCAAGAUGCCCUCUAUCCGCGAACCCUAGCAUUUCAAUUUCAUAAAUUUACUCUCUCUCUCUCUCUCUCUCUCUCUCUCUAUGGAUAAUCGCCGUGGCUAUCGCGCCGUUCCAAAGGUCCGGCAAGUCGGAUUCUUUACACCGAACGAACCACCGGCACCUAGCCGUACUCAAUCCGGACCACCGGAUGCGACCUCUCCUCCUCUAUCCAACUCUCCCGCUAGCAACUCAUUAUCUCCGGUUAUGAUUCCUCCGCCACGUCAUCUCUCCGAUAAUCUCGCUCACCGGGCCACUUCACCUCUUCCUGUCCCUGAAUCGUCGGCCUUUCGCCGACCGAUGACCGGCGGUGAGCAUGUGCCGGUGAUAGGCAGUUAUAAUCCGACGGAGUCGCUGCUCGUUGUCUCUCCGCCGUUGACGUCGCCGUCUAGUAGAGUCGACGGAGGUGGAGAUGGAGAUGGAGAGUUGUUCUCGGAAGAGUCUUCUCCUGGUUGGUUUAGAAGGAGUAAUUCUGCUAAGUUUGCUGCUUCGAGUUUUCCUGGUGGUGGUUUUGAUUUGACUUCUAUCAAGUCAAGUGAAGUCGUUGAUGCUAAAAAGAAGCCUGUUGUUGAAAAAAGUGGAGGGGCUGAUGGCACAGUAUUGCAAAAUGAAUUGGCAUUAAGUAGUUCCAAGCCCCUGAAAGCUAAAACAACAAAGGCUGAAAGACGCGCCUUGCAGGAGUCUCAACGAGCUGCAAAAGCUGCUUCAAAAGGAGAAGCUACUGGUAAACCCAGUACCAUUUCUGAGGGAGCAUCUAAACCUGCAAAGCAACAACCACCACAAAAAAAAGAUGCUCCUCCAUCUGCACCAUCAAUUGCAGCUUCUGAAAGGAAAGGAGUUGACCGUCCAUCUGAGAAAGAGAGGAAAAAAGACGUUCCUCAACCACGAAUGCAAUUUGAUGAUAAAAAUCGAGUGGAAAAAGCUAAAAGGCGUGCAGUGGUCAAUCAAACUGAAGCGAGGAAUAGGGUUGAGUUGUUCCGGCAUUUGCCUCAGUAUGAGCAUGGGACUCAGCUUCCUGAUCUCGAGUCUAAAUUUUUCCAACUUGAUCUGAUGCAUCCUGCUGUUUGCAAGGUUGGCUUACAGUAUUUGGCAGGAGAUAUCUCUGGAGGUAAUGCUCGUUGUAUAGCAAUGCUUCUGGCAUUUCAGGAAGCCAUUAAAGAUUACUCCACACCACCUGAAAAAUCCCUUACCAGGGAUCUAACUGCAAAAAUCAAUAGUUAUGUUUCCUUUUUGAUAGAAUGCCGACCACUUUCUAUGAGUAUGGGAAAUGCGAUUAGGUUUUUGAAAAGCCGUAUUGCAAACUUUCCUAUAACUUUUGCUGAAUCAGAGGCAAAAGCAUCCCUUUGUUCAGAUAUUGAUCGUUUCAUAAAUGAGAAGAUAUUACUUGCUGACAAGGUGAUAGUUAGACAUGCUGCUUCAAAGGUCAGGGAUGGGGAUGUUCUUCUCACAUAUGGAUCAUCAUGUGUUGUUGAGAUGAUUCUUUUAUAUGCCCACGAGCUUGGGAAACAGUUCCGGGUUGUGAUAGUGGAUGCACGCCCAAUGCUUGAAGGCCAAGCUUUACUUCGUAGACUGGUGGCAAAGGGCCUGAGUUGUACAUAUACUCACAUAAAUGCUGUUUCUUAUAUAAUGCAUGAAGUCACUAGAGUGUUUCUGGGGGCUUCCUCAGUAUUAUCUAAUGGAACUGUAUAUUCAAGGGUUGGUACAGCUUGUGUUGCUAUGGUUGCUCAUGCAUUCCAUGUUCCUGUUUUAGUAUGCUGUGAAGCAUAUAAAUUUCAUGAAAGGGUUCAACUUGAUUCAAUAUGCUCAAAUGAACUAGGUUCUCCAAAUGCCAUUGCAAAGGUUCCUGGACGAAGGGAUUUAAAUUGCCUGGACAAUCUAGCUAAUAAGGAAAAUCUGCAGUUGUUAAAUUUGAUGUAUGAUGCCACUCCUUCAGAAUAUGUUUCUAUGAUUGUCACUGAUUAUGGCAUGGUCUUAUACUUCGGCUGGGUCGUUAUCCUAUGAUCAAGGUGUUGAAGUGUCAAAUAUCAAUCCUGUUAAUCAUUAUUGUCAGAAGAGGAAAGAAAACAAAAAAGAAGCUGUCAAUGUGAAAUUGAGGGCUUGUUCAUCAGUGAGGACAUACCAGACUCUGUUUGUUUGCUUACAGAGUGUCCAGCUAUCUACUCUCAUAUUUCAAAUGUCAACUUUACAUAUGAGCCCUCGCAAGAUUUCAAGUUCCGCAAAUAAACUCAGAGCAUAGACAUCACUUUCACUUUUGCUUUGGGAUCAUUUUAAUGAAAAUGUAACUGCUGUAAUUCCCAAUCACAAUGCUUCACCAAAUCAAUUUGCGUAAAAAAUGCAUUUAAAUAAACACAGGCCUGGCAAAAUACCGGCCAUAUGAUGUGUUAAACUGUCUAAUAUGAUGACUCCUGAGCACAUUAAUUGUACGUUUACAUUAUCACAUAUGACUUAUCUGUUA